UGUCCUGAGGAGGAUUUGGGAAUCUCCGUGACGAGUUGACCUUCAAUUAAAAUAAAACAAUAAACGACAUCAAGCAUCCACAGCUGUUCUGGGAUAAUUCAGUAACUCACAGCCUCAGCCCCAGGAAGGAGGAGGGCAGAGGGAAGCAAUACAGUCCUUAAGUCACUGCCUGCGUACAGCACAGCAGGAUGAGGCAGUGGUUUGCAAACAAGCACACUCAGAGUCCUGCUGCCUAUUUGACUGUUGCCCACUGAACAUCGAGUUACACAUUUAAUGCAGUUUGCUAAACAAAUUCCUCUGUGUUAUUUCCAUCUCUCUGGGUUCUAUUUAAACUGAUUUCACGGAAACUGUUGAGACUGCAUCCCCUGCCCCCAUUUGCUCUCCUGCAUUCUAAUGAAUGAAAUAUUUUCAGCCCCAAAUAGGGAGAUUAUGAUCCCUGAGCUGCUGCUGUGCAUGAGCUUUGGUUGCGCAGCAGCCCUCAAGCCCAGCUGCCUCUCAGCUCAGUUUAGGAGGCCUGGUGACUACAUCAUUGGAGGCCUGUUCCCUUUUGGGAUGGACACCAUCAACCUGACAGCACGAACAGAGCCCACCUUAAUUGUGUGUGAAAGGUUAUUUGUAGAUGGGCUGAUAUGGGCCCUUGGGAUGAAGUUUGCUAUUGAUGAGAUCAACAACUCCACGUCACUUCUGCCAGGAGUGGAGCUGGGCUACGACAUCUACGACACCUGCUUUGAGCCCCUGGCAGCCCUACAGCCCAGCUUGCUGUUUGUGACCCAAAAUGGCACAACAGACAUUGGCAUAGCAUGCGACUACUCCGACUACCAGCCUCGUGUCACUGCUGUGAUCGGACCACAUAAGUCAGAUCUCUGCCUGCUGACAGCCAAACUAUUCAGCUUCUUCCUGAUUCCACAGGUCAGCUACGGGGCCAGCAGUGAGAAGCUUAGCAACAAGGAGCUGUACCCAUCCUUUUACCGAACUGUUCCCAGUGACAAGAACUUGGUGGAAGCUGUGGUCCUUCUGCUGAACGAGUUUGGAUGGAACUGGAUCGCCACCAUUGGAAGCGAUGAUGAAUACGGCCGAGGAGCCCAGGAGCUGUUCUUAAGCACAAUUGGAAAUGGCAGCAUCUGCAUUGCUUACGAGGGCCUAAUUCCUUCAGACCUCACAGACCCCAAGGCUGAGAAACAACUGGAAGAGACCAUUCAGAACAUUAACAAGACCAAUGUCAACAUUAUUAUCCUUUUUGCCUUUCAACAGCCAGCUCAGGCUCUGCUGGAACAGAGCAUCAAGAUGGGACUAAGCAAGAAGGUCUGGAUUGGCACUGAAGCUUGGUUGUUGUCUGACAUAGCUGCCUCCAUCCCAAACAUUCAGAGCAUUGGGACAGUCUUAGGCUUCAUUAUGAAAGCAAGCACUGUCCCUGGCUUCCAGAAAUAUGUUGCCAACCUUUUCAGCUCUGUUCAGCAGGAUGAAUUUUGCCAGAAGUCCAGAGAAUUCUAUUGCCACGUGAGCUCUGACAUGCUGGGCACACAAUGCAAACAGUGCGACCACAUCUCCCUGCACGACAUCUCCUCCAUCCUAAGCCACUCCCAAAUACAACCAGUGUACAUCGCAGUCUACAGCGUGGCUUAUGCACUGCACAGAGUGCUGGGGUGCACCCACCAAGUGUGUCCCAAAGCAUCCAUCAGAUCUUGGCAGCUGCUGCACUUCAUGAAUACUGUCCCAUUCACGGUGAAUGGCCAAAGUUUCAGGUUUGAUGAAUCCCAUGGCACAAACACUGGCUACAAGCUUAUAUUCUGGCACUGGGAAAAUGGCAGCCUCACACGUCUGCCUGUGGGAGACUAUCAAGAGUCCUUGUACCUCAAUAAGUCCCUGAUUCAAUUUCACACUACAGAUCAAAAGGAGCCCACAUCAGAAUGCUUCAGAGAGUGUGAACCAGGGCAAAUCAGACAGAUCAAAGGGUUCCACUUCUGCUGCUAUGACUGCACAGACUGCCCAGAAAACACCUUCUGCAGUUCUAAAGGUGAGGUUUGAGAAAUGCAAUGCCUUUACCUGCUUGUAUUGUGUCUAUCUACCCCUUAAAGUCACACAGGUUCACAGAGCUGAUAAGGACCUGCUGCAGGCUCCUCCUCCAGGAAGCACUGUGAGGGCAGAAAGUUUCUCUCCAUUCUGUUCUGCUGCACAAUGCCCAGUCUUGCUGUACAGGUAUUCAGUGCUGGACUUUCCUCUGAUGAUCCCUCAUCGAAUGUGCAAGGACAAGGUGUAUGCUCUGAGGUAGGAGAGGAGAACUGAUGGAAUUCUGAGGUCUUAGCUAGAAGACAAGCCUAUGAUGGAAUUCUGGGAUCUGGUGGAUGCUGGUGAUCCUUCCUGGGAUGAGAAACAAAACCAAGAAAUAACGUGGCAACUUUUGGAGGGAAGGUAGUGAAGGAGAGAGG